AUGUGGUGUCGGAGGCUCGUUUUACUCAUCGUCUCCACUGUUCUAUUGGACGCCCAGCAGCAGCAGAACUAUGUGACUGUCAACUGUUCACAGGGUGCUGUGCAAGGAAGGACCGUUGAUUUGGGUAAGCAUCCCCUGAUGAUAGUGAUGAAAUGUUCUGACUUUCAGGAAAUGACAAUUCCCAACUGUAUUAUGGGCAGGCGAACGUCUUCUCCGGAAUCCCGUACUGCCAGGCCCCCGUCGGAAAUCUCCGUCUGCAGCCCCCUCAGCCGAUGACCACUUUCAACACGACUCUCCACGAUGCGACCUAUUUCCGACCCAAGUGUCCACAGCUCAACGCGGGCACUGCGACGAACGAAGACUGUCUGUAUCUCAAUAUUUACACUCCACAGGUAGAUUCGAAAAAAGAGAUCAAUCCCAUAUAUUAUAGUAAGAAUGAUGAUGAUGAUGAUCUUUAGGCUGGUAACACUUCUGCCAAUCUUUCCGUUCUUGUUAUCAUCGACGGAUCGAACGGAUUCACGAACGGAGGAUGCGAUCAAAGUCAAGAAAAAGGAAUAGUUUCCAAUUUGGUCCAACGACAGAUUGUGGUCGUCACCCUGCAGUAUCGAAUCGGAGCACUUGGAUUCUUCACAACUUACACGAACACAGUGCAGUCCAACUUGGGGAUGUUAGACCAAGUGCAAGCGAUGAGAUGGAUCAAGACGGAAAUUGUGAACUUUGGAGGGAAUCCGAACCAGAUAACGGUGGCCGGACAAGACGACGGAGCCUGUGCCGUGUCCGCCCACACUCUCAGUCCGAUGAGUCAAAGUGAGUACUCGUCCCGUUACUUUCUCAUUGCGAACUCUUCAGAUCUGUUCAAUCAGGCCAUCGUGCAGAGCGGAUCCAUCUACAGCUGUUACAAUCCGACGCCUGCCGUUCCCACGAACACUUCCGUUCAAACGACGACGCCUCGUCCAAUGUACGAUCAGGCGAACACCGGUUACGGCAAUGCCGGAUAUCAGAACGGAUACGGCUAUCAGCCUCAAUCGACGACUCCCACCAGUUCCUACAACUCUGCGAAUGCUCAGUACGACGAUCCGAACCAGCAGUUGGCUGCCACGCUCUGCAACAUCUCGCCCUCGCAAUGGAAUGAUGGACAGACGCAGAACAUUCAGAACUGUAUGAAGAACUACACGGUCGACUUCUUCGUGAAUCAACAGAAUGGGGCGACUGCCACGUGGAUGAUUGUGAGGGACACGUCAUUCCUUCCGGGAUCCAUUGACAGUUUAUCGUCGAAACGACCGAAUAUCCCGAUCAUCAUUGGAACUGUGCAGGACGAGGACGCCGACUAUGCGUUCAAACUGAUCAACACCGGAAAGGGAGACGAUUCGAACAAUCUGGACAACUGGAUAUUCGAUUUUGCGAAAAAGAACAAGUUGAAUCAGACGCAAACGAGCCAGGUGUCGAACAUUAUUUCGAGCAACUACGGAGUGAGCACGGGCAAUCAGCAGCAGUCUAACAACCAGAAUCAGUAUCAGAGUGGAGGACAGCAGACGAGCAAUCAGUACCAGGCGAAUCAAGGUCAGCAAACGAAUAACCAGUAUCAGUACGACCAAGGAGGACAGCAAACAAACAAUCAGUACCAGGCAAAUCCGACGACGAAUCAGCAGUACUUUGGAGGAGUCGUCGCAGGACAGACCACCUAUCAGAACAGCCAGCAGAACAGUCAGCAACAGCAGUACAACCAGGGAAUUUAUCAGAACACGCAGUCAUCUCAGGCCAACAAUAACCAGUACCAGUACAAUGGAGGUCAAGUGAAUCAGAACAGCCAGCAAUCGAACCAGGGAACUCAGAGCGGCCAGUACAGCAACCAGCAGUACAAUCAAGGAUCCUCUCAAACGAACAACCAGUACCAAAGCAAUCAGAAUCAGAUGAAUUACGGAGGAACGGUCUAUCAGAACCAGAACCAGCAGAACUCGCAACAAACGAACAAUCAGUACCAGAACAGUGGAAUGUACACGAAUGUGACACAGUACUCGAACGGAAACAACAACUACAACGGAGGGUAUCAAAGAGAUCAGCCGACUACUGGAGUGCAGACACUUGGCAAUGGAAUCACUGACUACUCGCAGCUCAGAACGAUCACUCAAGUGAGAUUCAAUUCAUUUUACAGUGAUUAUCAUCCAAACGAACUUUGAGAUCGCUUCGGAUCAAUCCACUUCUCUCACAACUACUCAAAUCCAGUCAUACAUGCAAAACGGUGACCGCCACGUCAGAAUAUAUCAGUUUACUCAUGUGUCGGAAGUCGGAAGAAACACUGUCCCAGAUACUGGAUCCAAUUGGAAACGUAUUUUCGGUCCUCUUGAUUUAGAUUCAAGCUAUUGUUUUUUCAGCUGUGUUCAAGGGACAAGACAUGUUCUUCAUCACAAUGUCGGAGACAAUCUGGACCAACUCCAACUACACUGCUCAAGAUCGGCAAGUGGCCGAUCAGAUGGGCCAGAGGUGGUCAGACUUUGUGAAGACGGGACAGGUCGCCAACUGGGACACGACGAGCCAGCAGAACUACAACUACUGCAACUUGAACACUCAGCCAACGCAGCAGGCUCAGUACGGUCAACAGGCUCGACAAGUGUUCCAGGAUCAAGUGAACCCGAUCUGUCAAGUGGUGAGUUCGAUUCAGAUGCUCGUACAAUCUGUUCUCUUCCGCUUCAGGCACAAAACAACUACGCGGUUGCCAACAAUCAGUCAAUUCCGUAUCCGGCAGCUGCUGGAGUCUCUGGAACUUCCAAUCAGAUCAGCCGGACACCUGGCACCGCGAAAGUGCAAUACUCGGACGGAGCCAACGGUUCAUCGAACUUCCACAUCACAUUCCAAGUUAACAGUUUCCCGUUCAACGGUUAA